CUGAAAAAUCCCAUGGACAGAGAAGCCUGGCAUGCUACAGUCCAUGGGGGGCUGCUGACAUUCCAGGAUGUGACCAUAGAUUUCACUCAAGAGGAGUGGGAAUGCCUGGACCUCGGUCAGCGGGAAUUGUACAGGGACGUGAUGUUAGAGAACUACGGGAAUCUGGCCUGCUUGGGUCUUGUGGUCUCUAAGCCAGACCUGGUCACAUUUCUGGAGCAAAUGAAGGAUCCCUGGGAUGUAAGGAGAAUGGAGACAGCCCAAAUUCAUACUGGGGAGAGACCUUAUAAAUGUACAGCAUGUGGCAAGGCUUUUAAGGAGAUUUCAACUUUAACUCAACAUCAGCGAAUCCAUACUGGGGAGAGACCUUAUAAAUGUACAGCAUGUGGCAAGGCUUUUAAGCAAAGUUCAGCUUUAACUGAACAUCAGCGAAUCCAUACUGGGGAGAGACCUUAUAAAUGUGCAUCAUGUGGUAAGGCUUUUAAGCAAAGUUCAGCUUUAACUAAACAUCAGCGAAUCCAUACUGGGGAGAGACCUUAUAAAUGUACAGCAUGUGGCAAGGCUUUUAAGCGGAGUUCAACUUUAACUCAACAUCAGAGAAUCCAUACUGGGGAGAGACUAUAUAAAUGUACAGCAUGUGGCAAGGCUUUUAAGCGGAGUUCAACUUUAACUCAACAUCAGCGAAUCCAUACUGGGGAGAGACCUUAUAAAUGUACAGCAUGUGGCAAGGCUUUUAAGCGGAGUUCAGCUUUAACUGAACAUCACCGAAUCCAUACUGGGGAGAGACCUUAUAAAUGUACAGAAUGUGGCAAAGCCUUUCUCCUUUAUUCACUUCUUACUCGACAUCAACGAAUCCAUACUGGGGAGAGACCUUAUAAAUGUACAGCAUGUGGCAAAGCCUUUCUCCUUUAUUCACUUCUUACUCGACAUCAACGAAUCCAUACUGGGGAGAGACCUUAUAAAUGUACAGCAUGUGGCAAAGCUUUUAACCGUUAUUAUUUUCUUACUCGACAUCAGCGAAUACAUACUGGGGAGAGACCUUAUGAAUGUACAGCAUGCGGCAAGGCUUUUAAGCAGAGUUCAGAUUUAACUCAACAUCAGCGAAUCCAUACGGGAGAAAGACCUUAUAAAUGUACAGAAUGUGGCAAAGCCUUUAUCCGUUAUUCUUUUCUCACUCGACAUCAACGAAUCCAUACUGGGGAGAGACCUUAUAAAUGUACAGCAUGUGGCAAGGCUUUUAAGGAGAUUUCAACUUUAACUGAACAUCAGCGAAUCCAUACUGGGGAGAGGCCUUAUAAAUGUACAGCAUGUGGCAAGGCUUUUAAGCAAAGUUCAACUUUAACUAAACAUCAGCGAAUCCAUACUAGGGAGAGACCUUCUAAAUGUACAGACUGUGGCAAAGCCUUUAUCAAUUAUUCACUUCUUACUCAACAUCAGCGAAUCCAUACUGGGGAGAGACCUUAUAAAUGUACAGCAUGUGGCAAAGCCUUUUCCCAGAGUUCAGGUCUUUCUCGACAUCAGAGAGUUCAUGCUGCAGAGAAAUUUUAGAAAUGUAAGGAAUGUGGCAAAGGAUUUCCUCACAGCCAUCACCUCACUCACAAUCAGAGAAUUCAUACUGCAGAGAAACCCUAGAAAUGAAUCAGUGA